GACAGCGAAGAUAAUAAAGCCGGGGAGAAGUAGAAGGCCGAGCGGAGCCGGGGAGAGCUGGACGAGCGGGUGCGCGGCUGAGGGCGUGAGCGGGCCCGGCAGGGCGGCCGUGCCCGGCGGGGCGAUGCUACCCGGGCGGCAGCGGCGGCUCUGAGCGGGCGUCGCCAUGGGCUGCGGGGGCAGCCGGGCCGACGCUAUCGAGCCCCGCUACUACGAGAGCUGGACGCGGGAGACCGAGUCCACCUGGCUGACCAACACGGACUCCGAGAGCCCGCAGGAGGGCGGCAGCGCCGAGGGCCCCGGCCGGGAGCAGGGCGGGCCGCGCCCCGGUCUUCUGGAGGAUGGGAAGUUGGCUCACCCAGGUGUAUCUACAGCAUCAGCCACAGCUGGAAUGCUGAACGCUGAGAAGAGGAACAACUGUGGCUCUCAGUGUGCAAACCCCGUAGCCCACAGCAUGGGAACUACAACACAGAGACAGAAUGGCUUCAGGACCACAGAGGGUAGAUUUACGCUGCUCCAGGAUCCUCGUCCCAGACCAUCUGCGCUGCACACGUGGCACAAGUGCAUGUUCACCCCUGUAACACACAGGACCAAAACAACCAGUUCCCUCUGCAAUAAAACUGUGCUGGUCCAGGACCUCUUCAGUUGCAUAUUUAUGAUCUUUUCUUAUUAGCUCAGGAUAUCCUCAGUUAUGCCUGCUAAGUUCUUUGGACUGUUUCUCUUCAAAUUCAUGUGGGGUUUAUCCCACAUAUUUGAACUGUCAGUGACACUGAGAUAUAUUUCUGUGCUCUCAAGAACCUGUUGGAGAUUUGCUUGAGCAAGGCCAGGUGACCACUUCUUUGACACGUGUAGUAUAAUAAAAUAGAUCUUGACAGUGCUCUCAGACUGCCUGUUGUACUCUUAGAAAAGUAACAGCACCUUCCACCUCUGCUUGGUAUUUGAGAUGUCUUCGAGAUCAAAAGAAAUAAUGAUUUCUGUCUUCAUUUCUUUCUGUCUGACAAGUUUAAGCUUUUCUUAGUUACACCAGUGCAAUUUUGAAUAAAGUUUUUGUACUCUAUAAUUUUCUUCCAUAUAUCUAAAAUAGUUUAAAACUCUGUGGGGAUAGGUCUACCAGACAUCUCCAUCCAUUAACUGACCAUUUUGGUUGCAUUUAGCAAAGGUAAGUUUUGAUUCAAGAGACACUGAUUUUCACUACUACUAAGGGCAUUGCAUACCACAUUAUCUACUUUGUUAGCACAAAAACUUCAGAGUAUGGCUUGCUCAUUCUAUACACUUUAUAUUGACAUUGUGAUAUAAAUUGACUUAACUGUGGGCUCAAAUUAGUGGGUUUGUAGUUUUUCCUACAGUUUUGCUUACAUAAUUUUAUACAACAUAAAAAUAACUUCUCUAUAAAUUUAGACAAUAUUUAAUAAACUUUUUUAAUACCAAAAAAAUUAUUUUUCUGUGUUCUUUAGUGAGACUGGCUUUAUUCAUUCAACAUGUAUUAUGCUGCUAUUGUUCUCCUACAAUAGUACACAAUCUAGAAGAAAUCAUGUUACUUUACCACAAUGAAAGUAUGAAAGUAGAAAUCUCUACUUAUGCAGGUUUGAUUUUCUUCCCUUUUUAUUGCUUUCAAAUUCAGAAACAGAUUAAAACCAGUACUUCAAGUGACACAGCUAGAGCUCCUGAAUAUAAAGCAACUUUAGAUUCUUCCAAAUUGGUAGAAAUUUGAGAACUCCUUCCUAGUAUUCAACAGUUUCACUCACACAGUUCUUGUAGAGCUCAAAUGAAAGCUUUGCUAAAUUAUUCACUUUACUCCCAGGAGUGCAGAAACCUUGUAUUUGCUAGAAGCUGAGGAAAAAACACAAUGCAAUUGGCAGAGAUGCAGAAACAUGUAUAUCAUGCCAGAAAAGGCACAGGGAGGAGACUGGAACAAGGGAAAUAUAAAAAUUAUGAAAUUAUGGGAUGUCAAUCCAUUGGAUAAAAUCGUUGUUUUAGUUAUGUUUGUGUAAAUCAAUGAAUACAUUAAAAUUUUUGAUGUGAUAACAUGUUAUUAGCGUCUAUUAAAAUUGUUAGUAUCUGUUUUUAGAAUAAAUUACUCCACAACACUUGUCUAAACAGUUUCACCUGAGUUAUUCUAAGAAAGUUGAAUUAAUUUGGUGCAAAAUAUAAUGAGGCAUGUGUUCAUAUAAUGCAAGUGCAAGGAGGAGAAUAGAAAAAAAAUUGCUGUCUUUGUCUGUUAUUUAAUUUCAGUCCCUUUGUUCCAGAGCAAAUAACUGCUUGAGUGGUGAAGAAUGAAGUUUCUAUGUACUUAUGCUAGCUGUUGUGACAUCUGAUGCACAAAGAAGAGACAGGACAAUUGAAUUUAUGAAGGAUUUAUGAAUCCAGGGCCAGACUGACAAAUUCUAGUAACAUUAUUCCAAUUGCAUUUCCAUCAGAAAUUGAAUUGGGUGAGUUAAACUGAUUUUUUACUUGUCUAUCAAUUUUGCUCUACUGACAUUUUGAAAGGGUCCCAGGAGGCGUGUUACAAUACAUUUGGUGUAGAAUUUCUUUCUCUUUCUGACUCCUGUAAACAGGGUUGCCAUCUCUGGAUGUCUGUGCUCCUCUUUACAUGGAUUGGUUGGCCUAUUCCCUUAAGUGUUUCAGUAUCCUUAGGUCUGGAGGGGCUCCCAGCCAUGAUCAGCCUCUCCAUCUUGCUGCCCAGCAGACCUAUGGCCUCUGCUACUAUGCUGGGAUUGUUUUGUCUAUCUUUACUUUUCACUGUUAAAAUACUGGUUCUACAGAAUGAUACAACUCUGAAAUUAGACCAGACAUAGAACAUGGUUCCAAACUUACAACUAAACGCAACCAUGAAAAACAAUGUUCCAGAAGAAUGUGUACUUCCAACAUAUAAUGACCCAAACUGAACCUUUUGGAUGGCUCUUAAGCUGCCUCAAAGUUUGAGUAAAGGACAAUCACUGCAUGAGGUGACAGCUGGUGGCACAGGAUGACUCACUGUGGUCUUUUGUGCCGAUAUGGCCCAGCACAUGUAGAAAUGCAACUUAUUGCAGUGCAGGACUAAAAUUAAAGCCCUGAGUCAGACUUAGAAAACAGUUCAAUACAACAGUGAGCAGUUGUCCAUUGCUAACUCAUUGUCCCCUGCUACUGAGAGGCUCUGAAAGGUUUCUGCUGGAGGACAAGAGCAUCAUAUCACACACAAGAGUGUCUCCAUGGAAGGAGACAUGGACAUCUCUAUCAUUCAUGGCAGUUUGGGUCCUCUGAGGAAAAAAAAAAUGAUGAUGAUUAGGCUGCAGUUGGCAAGGAAGGCCUGAGAAGUUUCCCAUGAACCCUAAGUGUAUGUUUGUCUCAGAAGGUCUCUAGGUCCCAGGAGUUAAUGGCUUAAGUGCCUCUCACUUUCUCUUUGUAAUAGGGAAUGCUUUAUGCAUAUUUCUCUGCCAUAUUUCCUGAACAAGACCGCAGGCCUUUAUGACUCAGUGCUCUGAGAAGGGUGGGUUUGGGUGCCUAUCUAUGUCAUAGAGAGGCAUAAAUCCCAUCUGGUAUUUCAGGCUUCCCUUUGCUUUUUGCUUAUAUGCCACAUUUUUGCUUUGCUUUGCCAUUUUGGAUGCUUUGUGAGAUCUUUAGCAAUUGCCCACAGCUGAGCUUUGUAAUUUCUAUCCCCAUCCAGCAAGUAAACUCUCACCCAGUGUCCUGUACACUCUUCUCAAAGAAACAAAGAUCCUCCUGACUUCCCUCUUCUGCUUCUCAUCCCUAUGCAGAGAAUCCUGCCCCUCUGUCCCUCCCCCACUGGCCCCUGGCCUUCCUUCUCUAUCUGAAGCUUUAAUUUCUGACUUUUGCCCUCCUCUUUCAUCUUCAAGUUGACAUAUAAUGCUCAGUUAUAUGUCAGAACGUCCAAGAAGGGAAAUGAAGUCACAAACCUCAAAUCAGUACACUUUGUACAAAAAUCAUGUAAAAAUACAUGAGAGUAGUGGUUAGCCCCUUGUCUGCCUCCUUGUGUCUCAAAUUGUCUGCUGUCAUAGUUGAUGAUAUCUGUGAAUUAUUGAAACUCUGGUAUGCCAGGUGGGAAGAAAAAUUUGAAUGUUAACUAGAUAUAGUAAAAAAAGCAUUUUUAUUGUUAGACUCAAUCCCUUGCUAAUUAAGCAAUUUUUUUCUGUUUAUGACCUACCGAGAUUUCUGCUGACACAUAUUAAAAUCUUUCCUAUCUCAUUCAUUAUUGGCUUUGUCUAUUUUGAUUUUUUUUUGCCUGACAAUAUUCCAUGUUCCCCUUACCCCAGCCCUGUGGGUGUUCAAGACCAGGUUGGAUGGGGCUCUAGGUAACCUGGUCUCUUUGAAGAUAUCCCUGCCCAUGGCAGGGAAAUUGAAACCAGAUGAUCUUUAAGAUCCACUUACAGCCCAAACCAUUCUAUAAAUCCAUGAUUUUCUGCUAUAAUUUGCAUUUGAGAUGCUUUCAUGCUCAUACAGUUGUCUCCAUAAUCUGACUACAAAUGGCUGGAUGGAAAGGCUUCGUUUCCAGACACUGGCUAGUUAUAUGAUGUUGAUCUUAAACAUCAAGGAUGAAAAAAAAUGUGGAAGGAGACUAAGAAAAUGAGGUUUAUAUAAUUUGGAAGUCUUAAAAGUGGUCAGCACUAUCUUCCAGGACAUGGCAUAACUGGUUCCAGAACCGUAUUUUGCAAAUCCUGAUUUAAAAUAGUAAUGCUGACACAAGUCCUGGAGUGUAGCAGGUUUUAUUAACCUGAAAAAUGAGUUAUGUGGUUAUACUUACUGUAAGAUCUAAAGUGUGACUCAUUUAUGUAUUGUGCAUUGAUCUCAGUCAAAACUGUAUGUCUCAGCUGAAAACAUACUUAGUAUUCUGCAUGAUGCUUCCAUUUAUAAUAGCUCAGGAGCACCUGCAAACAGGCUUAGGAGAAGCAUUAUUUCUGAGCAUUAAAGCCAUUAUUAAAGUAAGUUUUUGUUAUCAUAAACAGUGACCAAAAAAAAAAGACAGAAAAUGAUUUGCUGUUCUGUUUGUACAGAUAAUGGAUACAGUGACCAUGACAUUUUCUAAUUAAUUUUUUACACAUUAACAAUAACUUUAUUCCACAGGAUUUUAAAAAAAUGCUAUUAAAGAAAUUGGGAAGCAAUAAUAAUGAAAAAUUUGUGGUUCUUAUCUGAGCUUCUUCCUUCACAUUUUAGCAAAUAGUGAAUCUGCCACUCCAGAAAUCCCACUGGGUGGAGGUUUUGAGAGGAUGUACUUACAGCCAGAUCUGGUUUUUUUUAUACAAGGUUAUAUUAUGUAGUUCAUUAGAACCUGAGAAGUCCCUGAAGCACAGGAUUGUUAUGAUGAGAUGAUGCAUUAGCUGGCAAUGGGAUGGAUAUAGUUACCAAUGUCCUGAAACACUGCUGUGGAUGCUCAUUAGUGUGCCUUUAGCAGGCUGACAUGAAUCACCUUGUAGUAGUUGCCUCUGAACUCCCAUAGUUAUUGUUUUCUUGUAUCUCUAGCACCCUCACAUUUCAAUAAAUAUCUUGAACUACCAACUUAAAGAACAGCAUUUGAAAUAUGUGUGAAGUCAAUCCUGCUUUGAUAAUGGCACAUUGUAUUGAAAGGGACUGUUCAACUCAAGUUAAUGGGUCCAUGUUUUGGAGGCUGUCGGAGUCCAGGGAGUCCAGGACAUCCCUCUGGCCACCCUGGAGGGUUUGGAGACCGGACAGGGGGGUCUGGGAUCUGUACAAGGGGCUCAGCCAGCCUCACACAGAGCCCAGGAAGACACUGCUUCUGACCCCUGGCCAUGGGAGUGAAUGCCCACAUUGUAUGAAGAAUCACAAGGUGAGAAAAUUCAAAAUAAGUAGCAUUUAGUCUAUCAUAGAAUGUAAAUGUAGAAUCUAGGAUUCUCAGUAUAUAGGGUUGAAGAGGCAAGAUGGAGGAAUUGGGAUUGGCCCCUGUGCUCCUUGUUCUUGCUCUCGUCCCCCAUUUUCUGCUGAGUUGGAUCUCAAGGAUUGGUUUAGAGUAGAAAUGACAUGUUAGCAUAGUUAGUAAGUAUUGGUAUGAUUCUGUAAAUAAAAAGUACAUUUUGGAUGGUGGUUGGAUCAGGGGAAUGGUACAAAAGGUCCGGGACCCUCUGAUCUGCCCAGUCCGCCGCGUGUCCAGCUCUGCUGGGGAUGCCUUGCAGAGCUGAGAAAGAACUAAGAUAAGGUACCCUGCCAGGGAGGCCUGGCAGAGCUGAGAAAGAACUGAGAUAAUGAAGAAUAAACAGCCUUAGAAACAUGCACUGGCGGACUCAGCUUGUCGUCUCUACCUUCGGUGUGAAACACUUAGGGCAAAGACGAAAAACCUUAUUACCUUGGGGAACAGCAACCCCGAGGAAACUCCCAGGGAACAGCAACCCUGGGGAGAUCCUAUUACCUCGGGGAACAGCAACCCCGAGGAGAAUCUCAGGGAAUGAAGACCCCGAGAGAGGCAGCAAAACCCAAAGCUACAAUAUACCCCAUCAAGCCAGGACUAUCUGCUUUGCUGUCAGAAUCACCCAUAUCUCACCUGUCCACUCUAACAGAUCACUUGGUUUGUAUCAGUCUUUUCCAUAGGAAAUGACUCAUGCUCUGAAACACAGAUUUCUUUUUCCCCAGCCUGUGUGACGUUGUCUAAGGUGACUACCACUCCAGCCACAGAAACAAUGAGAGAACAGGGGCUCUGUCAAGAAAAAUGCUCACUGCUGCUGCUGCUGUUACUGUCACCUACCCAGAUAGGCUGCAGAUUUAUCAGGAGUGAAGGCAGCUGCUGAAGGUCCACAGGAAUGAAGUGUCCUUGGCAUUAAUUUGUUAGGACAGUUUGCUCUUUACAAGGGUACUUCCUGUUUAGUUUGCAUCGUGCUUAAUAUCCGAGGCUAGGUGAGGUAACCUGUUUGGAAAGAAAUACCAUUAGCAUAAUGACUGUUUUAUUAAAGCAAUGCUGUGAAGGCACAGUGUUGUCAUUUACAGACAAAUGAAAGAUGAGAUCUUUCUUGAGAUCUUUAUUACAUCAAAGAAAUCAACAUCGUCUUGUGUGUGGGUGCCACAACCCACACAGCUUCUAAUAUUUUGAAGGACUAAAGUCUAAAUAACAUACUUUGUUCAGGGAGGAGCAUGACAUGGGCUCCAAGUACCCAGUAAUGCAGUUAAAACACAGCAAUGCAUCAACAUUCUGGCUUUCUUGAUAUGAUUCCUUCUCUAGUCUUCAUUGCUGUAGUGAGUUGAGGUGGGUGAGUUACAGUUUAAAGGCCUUACAGAAGAAAAUGUUAUAAACAAGGUUUAAGCUGACACAAAUGCAUGAGACUGCACAAGUACUCAGAAGACACUAACUCAUCAAUGACUGGAUUUUCUAAAUAACUGGGAAAUUACUGUAAGGCAUCUUGGUGUUCUUCCUCACAAGUUUAUGUGUUUAAUUACACAGUAGAGUUU